CACUCCAGAAACUUGUGUACAGAAAAAUCUGUGUUUUCACUCUCUCGAGGUCCUGCAAAACCCUAGAUCGGAUCAUGUCUGGAGGGUACGGUCAAGACGGCGGCGGCGGUUCUUUGCCACCGUCCUAUGGAGCUAGCGGCGGAUAUGGUGCUGCCGGUGGUUACGGAGCCGGAGCCGGAGCCGGUGGAGGCUAUGGAGGAGGAGACGGAGGUGGAGGUUACGGAGCUAAAGUCAGCAGUGGCGGUGGAUACGGCAGUAACGAUGGUGGAGGAUUUGGCGGAAGGAGCGGGUAUGGUGGAAACGAUGGAGGAGGAUAUGGAGGAAGGAGCGGCGGCGGCGGUCAUGGUGGUCGAGGAGGUGGAGGUUACGGUGGUCGAGCAGGUGGUGGUGGUGGUGGAUUUCAAGGUGGAGAUCGCGGUGGUCGAGGGGGUGGACGCGGGGGACGCGGUGGCGGUGGCAGUGGUAGAGACGGUGAUUGGCGUUGUCCUAACCAAAGUUGUGGGAACUUGAACUUUGCGAGAAGGGUUGAAUGUAACAAAUGCGGUGCUCCGGCUCCUACUGGUGGUAAUGAUCGUGGGGGCAGUGGUGGUGGUAGUGGUGGUUAUAACAGAGGGGGUAACAGUGGGGGAUAUGGCAAUAAUCGAGGGGGUAGAUCUGGGAACUAUGAUGGAGGUAGAGGUAAUGACUAUAAUAGUGGAAGGGGUAGUAAUAAUGAUGGUAGAGGUGGAGGGGGCAAUAGGGGUGGUUCAUUCAGUGGUAAUCAAGGCAGAGAAGAUGGUGGCUAUGGCCAAGUUACUCCUCCAACAGCCCAAUCUUAUGGUGGUGGUGGUGGUGCUAGUGGAAACUACCCACCCACUUACAAUUCUUAUGGUGGGAAUGCAAAUUAUGGGACAGAUGCAGUUCCUCCACCUACAAGCUAUACUGGUGGACCUACUUCAUAUCCACCAUCAUAUGGGGGUAACAUGGGUGGUUAUGGUGGAGAUAAUCUAGGUGAUGCACGAAGUGCUGGUAGGGGUGGGCCUCAAGCUGGAUAUGACAGUGGUUACGGUGCUGGUAAUCGUGGUGGGUUUGGUGGAGCUCCUGCUGAGUCCCCAGCUCCGGUGAAGCAGUGUGAUGAGAAUUGUGGGGAUACAUGUGACAACUCUAGAAUCUACAUCUCAAACUUACCACCAGAUGUGACUAUUGAAGAAUUGAGGGAACUUUUUGGAGGCAUUGGGCAAGUUGGAAGAAUAAAGCAGAAGAGGGGCUAUAAAGAUCAGUGGCCUUGGAACAUAAAAAUUUACACUGAUGAAAAUGGAAACAACAAGGGUGACGCUUGCCUUGCUUAUGAAGACCCCUCUGCAGCACAUUCUGCAGGCGGUUUUUACAAUAAUUAUGAUUUGAGGGGUUACAAAAUUAGUGUUGCAAUGGCAGAAAAAUCUGCUCCAAGGGCUCAGCCUGCAUAUAACCAUGGGGGCAGUAGGGGAGGCUAUGGUGGAGAUAGACGCAAAGAUAAUUAUAGAGAUGGAGGUGGUUCUGGGCCUGAUAGGCGUGAUAACUAUGGUGGCAAUCGUUCACGUCCAUACUGAGCGCUUCAACAUUGAACAGUUUUAUGUACUAUGAAUUGUGGUCUGGGGAUUUAUUAUUUCAGUUGGCUGGUUUCUUGAUCUGGAAGCAAAGAGGUAGGUUGUUCGCUUACUUUGAGCAAGACCUCUUCGCUCCUUUUUUGUUUCAUUUGUCACUGGCUGGUGGGUUUUGACUUUUUGUCAGGGAUUAAUUUAAUUAUGUGAAUGUUUUUAUAGAGGCAAGUGGAUAGUCUCCAAAUUGCUUGCAGCUAAGGUAGGUCAGUAUUUCAGGUGAGUGCUGCUUUCAUGAAAACGUGCUUUUAUACUUGCUUGGAAAUCAAACCAUGUGUCAUUAUGUGGAUAAAUGCUUGCAUCCAUCCCAUGUGGCAUCUGGUACAAGCAAGUGAAGGCAUUAAUAGAAUGUAUUCUGUCAGUCAUAGUUCUAUGGACCAAUAAAUCCCAACUAGUGUGUGUUUCAUGUUUUAUUUGAUUUUGCCAGGAAAGUAGUGAUUCUGGCUUCUAAUCACAUUUAUCUUAGCAUCUAUAUACUAUAAUCGUUCAAUUAUAAGUUAUACAAUCAUGGCCUGUUGGAAUGCGAGGCACUGUAACCUAAUGAAGUCUUGUAUUGCCAUUAUGUUUCUUGAUGACUGUUUUUAGAAGUUUUGAUUUGAACUGUUUGAAUUGGCCGCCAAGCAGCUCGAGGUAAAGCUAUGCGAAGCGAGCAAGCUAUUUUUACACAUUAUAAAGAAUGCAAUUCACUUUAUCAAUGUCCUUUUAUUGAGUCGGAACAUAAAGCCAUAGCAUAUAGAAACAAGAAUGCCACAAGUUAACUGUGUAAUAAAAGUUUACAUAUUUUAAUGACAAUCAAUAUAAAAUUCAACUAGUUAAAUUGCUUGUUUUAUGCAAAAACUAUGAUAUUUUAUUAAAAUAUUUAUUAGUUACCAUUUUGUGUCAUGGCUUUGAGUAGCAAAACUAAUACCUUUUUUGGAGCUCAGCUGAACAAUGAAUUACAUCACAAUAUUAUACCAUAUGUAUUUUUGGAGGUUAACAAGUUAAAAGUGUCAAAUAUAAAUAUUGUUGUUCAAGUGAUACGCAAUGGCUAGUCAGACUUCAUUUCACAAUAGAAAUAGAUCUAACCUGUACUAAUAAUCGUCUGGACGUGAGAAAUACUUUUGCAUUUACAUUAUUUGUUUUAUGUGAGGUGGAAGCUAUUCUAUUAUUUGAAAACCUCUAGCUUUAGGUCAUGUUUACUACCUCGAUUUAUUUGGUUUUUUUGACCUCUUAUCUUGAACUGCUGCAGUUUUUUGAAGAUUUUUUUUUUUUUUUAUAUUAUUAUUGUCUCUUUACAUCAUGGUGAUCCAUUCUUGGUAAUUAAGUAGUAGCUAAUAGUAAUGUCAGGGUUCUUUUUAAAUCUAUUAUUCGUUUUUGAUGUUUUAGAGUGUCACAUAGUAAACUUGUAGUUGGAGUUCGCACUUCGUUGUAGCUUUCCGCUGCCUGCUAUUCUCUACAAUGCAUAUUUAUUUUUUUGUUUCCUGAUGAUUGAGUACAGUUGCGCUGUAGUAUGAUUUUAUGUGUGACAUUAUUCUCGGGGAUUGUGCAUUUUGGUGUCACUUGCAAGCAGAAUUUCAUCCUUGGCUUCUUCCAGUUACAAACUUGACCUUUUACCCCUUGCUUCUAUAUUUAGCUUCUGUUCCACAGAAGAGUUCAUAGUUUUUACAACUCCGAUGUCCUUCAACACCCUAGUGUUUUGGUUCGUUGUAAAUAGGCUGUUUAGGCUUUCUUCGGCUGUGAUAGGUCUUUGCAGGUUGGUGCCUGGAAUUUGUUGGUUGUGCAAUGCUAAACCCAUGUCUAUCUUAUCGAUCUUCAAGUUGGUUUCAUAGGAUAAUACUAUAUAUUCAUUAGUUAUUUAAAUCGCCGAAUCUUUAACCUUCUAUUUGUAUUUCCUGUGUUUGCUAUUUUGUUGAAACUAUUUUCGUGAGGGUUGUAAUAUCCAUUUCAUCAUUUGA